CGGCGUUGUUGACAACCGGGACGGUGUGACAAUGGCCACCGAAGUGCGGCAGGAGCUCGCACAGCUGAUGAAUUCGUUUGGCUCCCACAAAGAUCUAUCGGCCAAAUAUAGACAAAUCUUGGAAAAAGCUGUCCAGUUCACAGAUGCGGAUCAACUUGAAUCCCUGAAGGCCUUUGUUGAAGCAAUGGUAAAUGAAAACGUGAGUCUAGUCAUCUCGAGACAGCUGCUCACCGACUUUUGCACGCAUCUGCCUAACCUGCCCGACACCACGGCCAAGGCGGUGUAUCACUUCACUUUGGAGAAGAUCCAGCCGAGGGUCAUUUCGUUUGAGGAGCAGGUGGCCUCUAUCAGACAGCACUUAGCGACCAUUUACGAAAAGGAGGGCGACUGGAGAAACGCCGCCCAGGUUUUAGUCGGUAUCCCUUUGGAGACGGGGCAAAAACAAUAUAAUGUAGACUACAAGUUGGACACCUACCUGAAAAUAGCCCGUCUCUACCUGGAGGAUGACGACCCGGUGCAGGCUGAGGCUUACAUCAACCGAGCCUCGCUGCUUCAAAACGAGUCUUCCAAUGAACAGCUGCAAAUACAUUACAAGGUGUGCUACGCCAGAGUCCUGGACUUCAGGAGGAAGUUCAUUGAAGCAGCGCAACGAUACAACGAGCUGUCUUACAAAUCCAUCGUCCACGAGAGCGAGCGGCUCGAGGCGCUCAAGCACGCGCUCAACUGCACCAUUCUGGCGUCCGCGGGCCAGCAACGUUCCCGCAUGUUGGCCACCCUCUUCAAGGACGAGCGCUGCCAGCAGCUGGCCGCGUACGGGAUUCUGGAGAAAAUGUACCUGGACCGCAUCAUCCGGGGCAACCAGCUGCAGGAGUUUGCCGCCAUGCUCAUGCCACAUCAGAAGGCCACCACGGCGGACGGCUCCAGCAUCCUGGACAGAGCUGUGAUUGAACACAACUUGCUCUCCGCCAGUAAACUUUACAACAACAUCACCUUUGAAGAGCUCGGAGCACUUUUGGAAAUCCCUCCGGCCAAACUUUCCUGCUCCUAUUCACAGGCUGAGAAGAUUGCAUCACAGAUGAUCACCGAAGGACGCAUGAACGGAUUCAUUGACCAGAUUGACGGCAUUGUGCACUUUGAGACACGAGAGCCGCUUCCCACGUGGGACAAGCAGAUCCAGUCGCUGUGUUUCCAGGUUAACAACCUCCUGGAAAAGAUCCGAACAGCAGCUCCCGAGUGGGCCGCCCAGGCCAUGGAGACCCAGAUGAGUCAGUAAAAAUCACCCCACCCCAAGCCCUCUUGAGUUUUUUUUUUUCUUGCCACUCCAAAGCAUCAUCGCAAGGUGCGCCAAAGGAAAUGACACCCCUGCACUGCUCACGUCCCAUCGGCUGGAUAUUUCAAGGGCAUGUUUAUAGCCCGGCGGGCGCCCCAGUGACUCAUGUUUGCGUUGACGACGCGAGUGCUCUCGUGUUCAAGCUCUGGCAUUUUAUUGGCUACGUGUCACAUGGCCAACGUCACGACACACAGUGUCGAUCGACACUGAAAUAUGAUUAAAUGUGCACACGGCUAUUG